AGUAUCUCGGGAAACACGACGAAACAGACCCUGGAUGUUGAAUAUACUGCCUCUGGGCGACUAUAUAUAAUUUUUGGACUUCUCAAUGGCUUCCACCAUGAUCCCACCCGUGUCGCAUGCGCGUCUCCGCGAAAUUGCUACUGAGGCGUGUAACAGCACGCUAGGCAGCGCCCACGAAUAUGAGCACUCCAAGACGGAGUCAUGGAACACAAAUAUCAUUAACACGAUUCUUCGGUCCCUCAUUGCCGAGUCCUCGUCAGGCUCCCAGUCGCCCUCGUACAAGUACGCUGUCAACAGCACCAUCAUUCAGCAUCUUUCCUCUUCCCGCAAGCAGCCCACUGGGGCUUCUACUUCUACCUCAACUCAAGUGGGAGCCAACGAAGCUUCCGCACGCGAUGACACCCAUCCUGUAGCUGGCGGAGUGGGCGAUGAGCGCCCAUCGGUAUCCUCAUCGGCUAAUGCUCCCUCUGUCGGCCGUCGGGGCAUGCACUCCGCUACUGGCGCGUAUUGGAACAAUGAAAAGGAUGGCAUGUGGAGCUUUAAAUAUGAGACAGGUGAAGAGAAGGGCAUGGAUGUCGUCAUCAGCGUGAUCUGGAUCUAUAUCGGGUAAAUGUUGAAAGUAUGCCGUUUGCUUGUCUUUCUGCAAUUUGUAAUCAUAUGGGAUCUUCAAUCUUGAUUGUAUGAAGUUGUUUAUUUAAUUUGUGCGCAAUUUGUUGUUUCAGAAGAC